AUGGAAGGGUCCCAUCCCCAUUCUCGUAGCCGGCCCACAUCACCCGUGGCCACCGGUGAAAGCGAAAGUGAGCCGACGGGAGGUGGUAGCUCCCGUACGCCCUCACCCCAGCCCGGGCAGAAGCAACCGAAAAAAGUGUCCUUUUCCGACGAGCUACCGCAGCAAUCGACCACGGCCGCGAUCGUUUCCGCGGAAAAAAUUGUACCGAAUGAAAGUGAAAGUGGUCGUCCGCACGAGGAAAAUCCGUUCAUAUUCGUUCUGCGCCAGAACGACAGCUAUCUGCAGGAUAUGCACAGUUCUGCCCAUGCCCCGUCGGAUGGUGGCAUAUUUCCGAACGUGCGCCGUAGCUCGUUGCACUCGAACGAAAGUGAAACCGGCUCAUCGACGGGCAGCCGCGCUAGUACAGUAACGGCCGAUACCGGUGGUGACGGUGGCAUGCAGCAGAAGAAAAACUCCACCGAGCUUGUUCCGUUCGAUCCGAUAGCGGCGGGGUUGGUGAAUGGAUUCGGUGGUGGUGGUGGUGAUGCAGUGACACCGUCGGGUAAUACACCCGCCGAGCCAAGAAAACCAUCCGUCAGCGCGAUGGAGCUGGAGGUGCGACGUGAUAAGCGCCGCUGGUUGCUGAUUUCCGAGCUCAGCGCGAUCCUCGGCGAAGACAAACACACGAUCGACGGUUUCAAGCGCAUCUUCAGAGAACAGACAUUUCUGCAAAAUCUGUUCCGGCUGUUUGACAUGGACAACGAAAACUUCUUGGUGCAGGAUAAAUGGAUUGAACACCUCAAAGGUCGUCUGACCGACGAGAAACAAAUCGACUUUGCUGAGCAGCUGGAAUCGGUAGCGUACGUGCUGUGCGGAGAUGGAACGGUGACAUAUGAUAAGUUCUGCCAAAUAUGGCAUGCCAAAGGGAUUCUUGAUAAGCUCUACCGACUAAUCGACGUUGAUUCCACCAACCUUAUAUCGACCAAUCAAAUAAUGGAGUUCAUCUCGAACCUCACCAACGCACGCCCAAGAACAGGCUUCGACAAAUCAUCACUGGAGCGGCUGGAGCAACUGUUCAUUAAAACCGUCGGCAAUGAGAAGGAGAUCCGGCGGGAGGAGUUUAAGAAAAUUGUUACCUCCAAAAACCCAUUCUUCACCGAGCGUGUGUUCCAAAUCUUCGACAAGGACAACUCCGGUUCCAUCUCGCUGCAGGAAUUCAUCGAUGCCAUCCACCAGUUUGCCGGACAGUCGCCAGAGGACAAAAUUAAGUUCCUCUUCAAAGUGUAUGAUUUAGACGGUGACGGACUGAUUCAACACCGUGAGCUGCAGCAUGUGAUGCGGGCGUGCAUGGAGGAAAACGGAAUGCGUUUCUCCGAGGAUCAGAUCGAAGAUCUUACCAUGGCGAUGUUUGAGGAUGCGGACAAGUUUAAUCGUGGUGCCAUUACGUACGAGGCGCUCAAAAAUCAGCUCGAAAAGCACGGCGGUUUGUUGGAGAAUCUGAGCAUCAGUAUCGAUCGAUGGUUGGUGCCACUGCCACAGGACGACACGAAGAAGAAGCGCAAGAAAAAACCCUUGCCCCAUCAGCUGACGGCGCCGUACAUCAAGAACAACUACGUGUAUCUGUCAUUUCUGACAAUCUUUACGCUGAUCAACGUGGGCCUGUUUAUAUCGCGUGCCAUCCAAUACCGACACAGCAACGGAUUCGUCAUAAUGGCACGAGCCUGUGGGCAGUGUCUCAACUUUAACUGUGCCUUCAUACUGGUGCUGAUGUUGCGCCAGUGCAUCACCUUUCUGAGGACGCGCGGCUUUACGGCCUUUCUGCCGCUCGAUCAGCACAUCUAUCUGCACAAACUGACCGGCGUCCUGGUGGCCGUCUUUAGCCUUGUCCACACCAUCAUGCACCUGUUUAACUUCACCACGAUCGUCGUGUACGAUCCGGUACUCAACGCCAACAACUACACCACGGCCGAGUGGCUGUUUACGGCCCGGCCCGGUCUGUUCGGAUCGAUCAAAGGCUGUGCCAAUCCGACCGGUAUCGUCCUGGUGCUGAUCCUGCUGAUCAUGUUCAUCUGCUCGCAGCCGUUCGUGCGACGUGGUGGCAGCUUCGAAGUAUUCUACUGGACGCAUCUGCUGUACGUCCCGUUCUGGAUACUGGUGCUAUUCCAUGGGCCCAACUUUUGGAAGUGGUUCAUCGUACCCGGUCUCAUCUAUCUGAUCGAACGCACCAUAAGAUUAGUCUGGAUGCGCACCGAACACGGCAAGACGUACAUCUCGUCCGGACUGCUGCUCCCGUCCAAGGUGACGCAUCUCGUGAUCAAACGUCCGCUUCACUUUUGCUUCCGGCCGGGAGAUUACGUUUUCGUCAACAUUCCCGCGAUCGCCCAGUACGAGUGGCACCCAUUCACGCUGAGCAGUGCGCCGGAACAGGAGGACUACAUCUGGCUGCAUAUUCGCGGCGUUGGCGAAUGGACCAACCGGCUGCACAACUUCUUCGAGCGAGAGCAGGAACGCUUGCACAAUGGCGAAAUACCGGCACUGGUGGCCGGAAGUUCUGGUGCGGCAUCGGUACCAGCGGUGGCUGCCACAGCCACCGGCGGUACGGUUGAUGUGGUGCAGGAGAAGCUAAAACCCACACCAACCGGGACAAUUCACAAAAGUUCGAGCUUUGAAUCGGCGCUCAACAAAGCGAAAGCUGUACCCGGUGGAGCUAUACCUCGUACGGGUGAUGCAACCACUCCGGCUAGUAUUAUGAAGCAGCGACAUCCACCGGGGACUUCGAAGCUUGCGAUGGAAGGCUACAGUGCACCGUCGCCUAACACAACGUCCACGGGUCCACAGCCCAAAUUCGAACGACAAAUGUCGGAGAAUCGAGCGCUGAAGAAGAUACAGGCUACGCUACAGCGAACUUUUUCUAGGCGCGAUCAGCUCAUCCCACGAUCGAGUGGAGUUGGUGGAGUGGGCGGAAUAUCGAAUGAAGGAUUCGCCGGUGAUGGAGUCGAUGGUGGUCCGGACGGGACGGCAGGAUCCGACAUGAAAGAUGCGAAGCGCAAGGUCACACCGGAACAGAGCCUGCAUAAGCUGAUCUUCCAGCAGAAGGUCCCACUGGAGAAGUCACUCUCAAUGCCGGACAUGCAGAACAAGUUCAAGAAGCGGGAGCGUAUGAUGGUACUGCGGGAGUACAUGCGCUCGGAAUCGGAACGCUCGUUCGAUGAGGUUCAAAUCCGCAAGGCACGGCUUCAAUCGCUCGGAUUGGCCUAUCUGAGUCCACAGAAUAAAUCGCUUGCGCAGAGCUUCCGCUAUAUGCGCAACAAACCCACGAUCAUUGCCUUUAAGACUCCAAGCCUGGAGAACUGUGAGCCGCGUGACUCUACCAAUUCGAUCGUCGUUUCGCCCGGUGUCUUCACGCAAAAGGAUGCGGAAGAAGGUCGCACAGCAGGAUCCGUACCAUCGACCGGCACGUCCGUGGUUGCGGUCGGGUCAGGAUCAUCGCAAGAUGCGAUCGUUACAGCCGGUGUAGCUCCGGGGACCCGGCCGGUAAACUAUCCCGUUGGUAAACCGCUAGAAAUCUACAUCGACGGACCGUACGGUGCACCCUCGAGUCAUAUCUUCCAAGCGCAGCAUGCCGUGCUGAUUGCGACCGGUAUCGGUGUAACACCGUUCGCCUCCAUCCUGCAAUCCAUCAUGCACCGGUACUGGAAGGCUCGACACUGCUGUCCGCGCUGUUCGUACGAAUGGUCCAGCGAAAUUCCACCGACGAUCAUGAACCUGCGCAAGGUGGACUUCUUCUGGAUCAAUCGUGAUCAGCGAUCGUUCGAGUGGUUCGUUAAUCUACUGUCCCAGCUCGAGAUCGAACAGGCGGAACUGGGCGGAGCAAUGGAACGGUUCCUCGAGAUGCAUAUGUACAUCACCAGUGCGUUGCAAAAGACGGACAUGAAGGCGGUCGGUUUGCAGCUCGCCCUGGAUCUGCUACACGAGAAAGAGAAGCGCGAUCUGAUCACCGGGCUUAAGACGCGCACCAACGCCGGUCGUCCAAACUGGGACAAAGUGUUCAAACAAAUUCAGGAUCAGAAAAAGGGUAAAGUGACGGUGUUUUACUGUGGACCGCCGCAGCUUGCCAAAACCCUGCGCUACAAGUGCGACCAGUUUGGCUUCCAGUUCCGCAAGGAAGUGUUCUGA